AUAUAUAUAUACUUACACAAGAAUGUCUACAACAUUGUCCUAAGCAUAUAGUGCUCUCUCUUCCUAACCUGUUUUGCAGCAAGGCAGCUCCCCCUGUGCCUCACAUGUGCUUGUAAGAGAUAAAAGAGUAAAAGAGGCCAAGCAGAGAUGAGGGGGAAAGCUGCUUCAGGCAAAGCAGUGUUUUUGCUAUGCAUCGCCAGCUUUCUUGCAGGCACUCUCUUCAUGAGCAGGACAUUGAGUUGGCCUUACCAGCCUGAAGAAGAUCAUCCCAACAUCGCAAAGAUUGUGUCCAAAAGUCUUGAGAAGCCACGAGACUGCGAUGAACACAAACGGAAACUGAUAGAAGGGAGAUCCAGAGACAUAAUGGGGGAAGUAACAGAAACCCACCAGGCAGUGAACUAUAGAUCACUGGAGAGGACGAUAUCGAAGCUGGAGAUGGAGUUAGCGGAAGCGAGAACAAUCGAGAGAAGCAGCGAGCUGUGGGGAGAAGAGAGGGCGGGCAGAAACCACAGCCUUAAGAGGGCAUUCGUGGUCAUUGGCAUCAACACGGCCUUCAGCAGCAGGAAGAGACGCGACUCUGUCCGCCAGACUUGGAUGCCCACCGGCGAUAAGCUCAAGAAACUCGAGACCGAGAAAGGCAUUGUCAUUAGGUUCGUGAUAGGACACAGCGCAACGCCGGGAGGAGUGUUGGAUAAGGCGAUAGACGAGGAAAACGCAGAGCACGGGGACUUCCUGAGGCUGAAACACGUGGAGGGCUACCAUCAGCUCUCCUCUAAGACACGUCUCUACUUCUCUGUCGUCUCUGCCAUAUGGGAUGCCGAGUUCUACGUCAAGGUGGACGACGAUGUCCACGUCAAUCUCGGCAUGCUGGCCACGACACUCGCCAGAUACCAGUCGAAGCCUAGGAUGUACAUCGGAUGCAUGAAAUCUGGCCCUGUCCUCUCCCAGAAGGGAGUGAAGUAUCACGAGCCAGAGUAUUGGAAGUUUGGAGAAGAAGGGAAUAAGUACUUCAGGCACGCCACUGGUCAGAUUUAUGCAAUCUCCAAGGACCUCGCUGCAUAUAUUUCCACCAACCAAGGGAUACUGCAUAGGUAUGCGAACGAGGACGUGUCGUUGGGGGCGUGGUUGAUAGGGUUGGAGGUGGAGCAUGUGGACGAGAGGUCGAUGUGCUGUGGGACUCCGCCUGAUUGCCAGUGGAAGGCUCAGGCCGGGAACUUGUGUGCAGCCUCCUUCGACUGGUCGUGCAGUGGAAUCUGCAAGUCCGUCGACAGACUCCCUCUGGUUCAUCGCGCCUGUGCUGAAGGAGAAGCUCCUCUCUCUAACUUCCGCUUCUUCUUCUGAUCAUGAUGACACCUCACUCUUCCUUUGUCCUCCUUUUUUUGUUUCUGGAUGAAAUAAGGGGAAUAUCAGAAAAAUGUUACCACAAGACACUCUGAGUUUUGGUUUUGGCCUUUUGGUCCUUUUUUUGUAAUGGUCGGUAACAGAAGCAUAUAUAGCUUGCCUGAUGUGGUGUGAUAUUUUGUUGACCACCAUGUUUACAUGUUCCUAG